AUGCCUUCCGAUGAGCACUGGUCUCCAAGUGAAGAUGAUAGUCAAGCAUCUAAGCUAGCUAGAAAAUCCCGGGAGGCCCCCUUUGUCCCCAUAGGGCUGGCAGGCUGUUUUGCUAUAGUGGGUUAUGGUCUUUACAAGCUAAAGUACAGAGGAAGCCAAAAGAUGUCAAUUCACCUCAUCCACAUGAGAGUUGCGGCGCAAGGCUUUGUUGUAGGCGCAAUAACAAUAGGUGUUCUGUAUUCUAUGUACACGGAUUACAUCAAAAACCUCGAUGGGAGUGGGCCAAGAAAAUGA